AUGGCGCUUCCGCCCCUCGCGGCGCUGACCGGCGUCGGCAGCUGCGACAUCAACGCCGACAGGACCGCGGAGGCCGGGGUGCGCGCGCAGCGGCAGAGGACCCGCUCCAUGGGCGUGCUGACCCGUGGGCUGGGGCGAGUUCUGGCGGCGGUGGUCGCGCUGACGCGGGAGGUGAGGCGGGACCUGCCCCAGCCGCACUUGCUGCAGGAGUACCUCGUGGCGCGCCCCCUGGAGCUGCUGGCCCUCCGCCGCGUCAUGGAGCGCCUCGCCUCGGACCUGGAUACACGCUUCACGGCCUUGCACGAGGCGCAGUCCUUUUGCAUCGACGGGCAGGUACAGCGGAUCGCGGAGCACCAUGACGGGCUUGCCACCCACGACCAGCAGAUUGCCGAGCUCCGCGAGGGGCUCAGGCUGGCCAGCGCCGCCGUCCCUGUCGCACCGACUUCGCGUGGCUGGGAGCGCGUCCCUGACCCGUGUGUCGUGGUCAUCACCACCGAGCGACGUAAAGACGUGCCUCUCGGACGAGUGCAGGCUGCCCUUCAGCCUCUUAUCCAGGAGGCCCAGUUUUCCGAGGGGGACUACACCUACGAGGGCGAUGAACUCGGCUCCUACUUCAAGCUCCGUGUCCGUGGCGCCGUCGGCUACGCUAGCAAAAUCGUCGGCCGCAUCCUCGCCUGCCAGCAGAACGAUGACAAGAGCUGGAAGCGCAUCGAGGCCCAGAACACUAAUGGAAUGGAGGCACCGUCCCGCUUUUUCUCAGCGUGGACAAGAACCAGCGCCAGAUCUCAGGCGAGACGGCCCUCCGCAAGCUCAAAACGCGCCUUCGAGGGCAACCUGGGAGGCAAGUUCUACGUCGACCGCGAGCAGCUGGCCCUCACGCGGGACAACCAGCACUUGGUCCGCAUCGAGCCUGCCAACCCUGGCCCCCACAAGAUCUACUGGAACCUCCCCUGGCUCCGGGCAGCGGGGCUCCAGCGCGAGCAAUUGGAGCCGCUGGCCAAGUUCAAGUUCCUCUACAAGUACUUCCUGAAGAAAUACACCAUCAUGGUCCAGGAGUCCCAUGGGCACGAACUCCUCCUGCGUGAUGUCCUGCACCAGCAGCACGUGCAGUAUAGUGCCUUCGGCUCCUACAUGGACCAGCGCAGCAGCGGCGGGGUGACUACCUUCGUCCCGAAGGUGCCGGGUUGGACCGCUACUCCUGAAGAAGUUUACUACGGUCGCGACCUACGCGUUCACCUCGCUGCAGAGUCUGGGCCUGAGUCAAUGAUUCUGUGGAAUGUGCACAACCAGGAUAUCCCUGCAGACGACGUGACCGCCAUCUCCGCCUACAUCCAGGCCGACCUGCUCGAGGCCUCGGCCGACCCCGUACACUCCCUCGUCAUCGUCGGCGGCGACUUCAACAUAACGGAUGAAGAGCUGCAGGCUGUGCACCCGAGCAUUCCCUCCGAGGCCAUUGCCGAGGCCAGUGCCUCUCGGCACGCUCUCUCGGCAGCCAAGAGAGAAUGGCUAUGGCUGUGGAGCGAGUGCACGGAGCUGCACAAUGGGGCGCCCACCCACUACCAAAGUGGUGUCCGGUCGCGGUUGGACCGACUCUUCACGGGGAUGCCGCCGUGGAUGCUGACGGCCUCCUGGCAGGGCGCCCACGUGGUUUUGCCACCUGACGAGAUGCACCACCGGCAGCUCAGCGACCACGCCCUGAUCUCCGUGCAAAUGUUGGGUGCGGCGAAAGGGCCGCAACGCCCACGACCGAUUCUCAAGCAUUAUUUCACCGACCCGAGGUUCGAGCCCCUGGUCAACGCCACGCUGCAGGACGUCGACGUACUUCGCCACGAACCGCCUGCGCAGGUCGCCCUCAUGACGAAGGUGCUGCGGAACGCUGCCAGCAGCCUCCGCGACCUUGAGGUUGUCGGCAACCCAGCGGAUCCGAAGGUCAAGGCCAUGAUGUCCUGGUCGGCUAGCCGCGCGUACAUCCGCGGCCAGUGGCGUUUCAUGCUGAAGCUGAUGCACUCCUUCCCCGCCCUCCGGAACCAUUUUGCCGUAACGCAGGGCGAGAUCCGCCUCCUCGACGCCGGGCGUGAGGCCCUCAAACGGUCCUCCGUGCUGCCGAAUACGCAG